GCCAUUUUUAUUGCUUUCGUAUCUGUUGUCGCUCCGGAACGCUGGGCCGGGACUUGGGUGACAGGGUUGAGAAGGUCCAAGAGGAGCCGCUGUCUCCGCUGCAUAGAGGCCGGUCUGAAGUUCAGCGACGCCGCCGGGGGUGUCCCGGGCCUGCCGUGCCCGCGUCCACCCGCCUCUCCCGCCGCUACCGGCCCCGCUCUGCCCCCAGACUCUGAUGGCGUUGGCAGCGACGGCGCUGAGGACCCCGCCUCAGACGUGCAGUGUGACCUUUGAGGACAUUGCUGUGUACUUCUCCUGGGAGGAAUGGAGGCUCCUUGAUGAGACUCAGAGACGCCUGUACCUCGAUGUGAUGCUGGAGAACUUUGCACUUAUAUCCUCACUGGGUUGCUGCUGUGGAGCAGAGGAUGCAGAGGCACCUUUUGAACAGAUCACUUCUCUAGGAGUGUCACAGGCUAGGACUCCCAAGGCAGAUUUGUCUUUCCAGAAGACACACCCCUGUGAGAUGUGUGGUCCAGUCUUGAGAAAUGUUUUCCACUUGGCUGAGUGCCGGGAAACACAACACAGCCAGAAACUUUUGAGGUGUGGAGCAUGUGCAAAACGAUUUUAUUUUAGUGCAAACUUUCAGCAGCACCAGGAGCAGUACAUGGAAAAGAAAACCCUCAGAAGCAGUGUGGAUGAGGCCUGGUUUGUGAAGAGCUGCAGAUUCCAUGUGUCACAGAAGCCAUUGUGUUGUGGGGAGUUUGAAAAGGACUUCCCAACCAUCGUGGGACAUCUACAGCAACAGGACACUCAUACUGUGGAGAAGCCAAACACAAUCAGCCAGUGUGGGUCAACUUCACACGGCAGGAAAAGCCGUCACACCUGGGUAGAAUGCAAGAAAUCCCUCAGCCCCAAACACACACUUGUUCAGGACCAUGGUGUCCACAGUGGAAGACAGUGUUUUGUGUGCAGUGAAUGUGGGAAAGCAUACAAGUACAAAUCCUCAUUUGUUCUGCACCAGAGAAUCCACACUGGAAAAAAGCUUCAUGUAUGUGGUGAAUAUGGAAAAUCUUUUAGGCAAAGCUCAACCCUCUGUCAACAUCUAAGACUUCAUACUGGGGCAAGGCAGUACAAGUGCAGCAAAUGUGGGAAAUCCUUAAGCCACAAAUCUGUCCUCAUUUAUCCCCAUUCAUGGCACAGUGGAGAAAGCAGUUAUGUGUGCAGUGAAUGCUCAAAAUCUUUUAGCCAUAGCUCAGUGUUCUUUCCACAUAGGAGAUUUCAAAUUGGAGAAAGGCUUUAUAAGUGUACUGACUGUGUGAAAUCUUUUACUUCUAUGUCUGCACUCAGUUAUCAUCAGAGAUCUCACACAGGAGAACGACCUUAUGUGUGCAGUGAUUGUGGGAAAUCUUUUAUCUCUAGUUCUGACCUCCGUUACCAUCAGAGAGUUCAUUCUGGAGAAAGGCCUCAUGAGUGCAGUGAAUGUGGGAAAUCUUUUAUCACUCGUACUGCUCUCCGUUAUCAUCACAGAGUUCACACUGGAGAAAGACCUUAUGAGUGUAGUGAAUGUGGGAAGUCCUUUACCCGAAAAAACAACCUAAUUAUACACCUGAGAGUGCACUCAGGAGAAAGGCCUUAUGAGUGUAGUGAAUGUGGGAAAUCUUUUACCUUUAGCUCCAGCCUUCGUUAUCAUCACAGAGUACACACUGGAGAAAGACCUUAUGAGUGCAGUGAAUGUGGGAAAUCUUUUAACAAUAGGUGGACACUCAUUCGACACCGGAGAAUUCACACAGGAGAAAAGCCUUAUGUGUGCAAUAAAUGUGGGAAAUCUUUUUCUUGUAGCUCCACCCUCCAGUAUCAUGAACGAGGUCACCUUGGGGAAAGGCCUUAUGGGUGUGAUGAAUGUGGAAAGUCUUUUACCACUAGCUCUGCCCUCCGUUAUCAUCAGAGAAUUCACACAGGAGAAAGGCCUUAUGAGUGCAGUGAAUGUGGGAAAUCUUUUAUCUCUAGGUCUGACCUCCAAUAUCAUCAGAGAGUUCAUUCUGGAGAAAGGCCUUAUGAGUGUAGUGAAUGUGGGAAAUCCUUUAUCCGAAGGAAUAACCUCCUUUUACACCAGAGAGUUCACACAGGAGAACGGCCUUACAACUGUAGUGAAUGUGGGAAAUCUUUUAACAAUAGGUGGACACUCAUUCAACACCAGAGAGUUCACACAGGAGAAAAGCCUUAUGUGUGCAGUGAAUGUGGGAAAUCCUUUACCUCCAGCUCCACCCUCUGUUAUCAUCAGAGAGUUCAUGCAGGAAAAAGGCCUUAUGAAUGCAGCGAAUGUGGGAAAUCUUUUACCUCUAGUUCUACCCUCCGUUAUCAUCAGAGAGUUCACACAGGAGAAAGGCCUUAUGAAUGCAGUGAAUGUGGGAAAUCUUUUACUUUUAGUGCCAGUCUCCGUUAUCAUCACAGAGUGCACAGUGGAGAAAGGCCUUAUGAGUGCAGUGAAUGUGGGAAAUCCUUUAAGGAUAGAUCACAAUUCAAUAAACACCGGAGAGCUCACACUGGAGAAAGACCUUAUGAGUGUGGUGAAUGUGGGAAAUCUUUUAGCCAAAAAUCUUCCCUCUCAACACACCGGAAAAUUCAUAAUAGAGAACGGUCUUAUGAGUGUAGUGCAUGUGGGAAGUCUUUUACCUCUAUUUCUGGCCUUGGUUAUCAUCAGAGAGUUCACAGGGGAGAAAAGCCUUAUCAGUGUAGUGAGUGUGGGAAAUCUUUUACCAAUAGCUCCAUACUGAUUCGACACCAGAGAGUUCACACAGGAGAAAGACCUUAUGUGUGCAGUGAGUGUGGGAAAUCUUUUACUAGUAGUGCCACCCUCUCUUAUCAUCAGAGAGUUCAUGCAGGCAAAAGGCCUUAUGAGUGCAGCAAAUGUGGGAAAUCUUUUACUUCUAGUUCCACCCUUCGUUAUCAUCAGAGAGUUCACGCAGGAGAUAGGCCUUAUGAGUGCAGUGAGUGUGGGAAAUCCUUUAUCUCUAGCUCUAAACUCCGCUACCAUCAGAGAGUUCACACGGGAGAAAGGCCUUAUGUGUGCAGUGAGUGUGGGAAAUCCUUUAGGGAUAGUUCCCAAUUUAGUCAACACCAGAGAGGUCACACUGGAGAAAGGCCAUAUGAGUGUAGAGAAUGUGGGAAAUUUUUUAUGCGAAAAUCUACCCUUUCUCAACAUCAGAGAGUUCACACUAGAGAAAGGCCUUAGAUGUACUGGGGAUGUGCAGUUUUCUUGUUCAUUGUAAGGAUUCCAGAGGAAACUGAGGAGCCAUAUGUCUGAAUUAACUCUCAGACAUUUGAGCAUGCACAGUGGGAAGAUUUCCCCAUAAGUUUCAGUUAUGUGGGAAGUGUGGGACUAUGUUGCACUCUCUAACCUGUCCAGGGCUCUUCCCAGAUUUAUGUCACUUCCAUCUCUGGGGUCAAGGCCAUUUCACCUCCACCACCUGGUAGGUUCACACAGUGUGCAUCAGUCACCAACCCAGUGUGUUCAGGGAAGCUGACCUCUGUCCUGCAAUGUAUUGGCCAAGUUAGGAGUCACCUGAACAUUUAUGGCAUCAGCUUUCACUCCUCCCUGACUUAUCUUGGACAUGGACCUGGUCAGUAUUGGCCCAGAAGAUACCAAAAGUUCAGCUGGCAGCGAGCAGAGAAUGACAACACAGGGAUGUGUUGGUCUCACAUGAUAAUAGUAAAUUUUUCCAGCUUCCAAAUCAUGAACUGGGUAACUGCCUGCUGCAGAUUGCUUUGGCUUGUACAAUAAUCAAGGCCUUACAAGCUCUUUACACUCUCUUUAAUCUUGGAAGUUCUGUUUACUCUGCAGGUAGUUUAUACACAGGUUUUUACUGUGUAAGCAUAAAGGGGAGAACAACUUUUAGGGGUCUCAAAAUUUCUGUGUCUGAGGAGGGAUGGUAUGAUGGCAGACAGUAGCUUGCCAGUUUUGCCCAAAUUUGCAUUGCUGCCCACUGCCUCCUAGGAAAGACCGCAGGGAUUUCUGGUUUUCAUAUGAAGCUUGGAGGCUUUGUGUUUUAGGAGUCUCCAAGAUGUCCCUGAGAAGUGGCAGCUGUGAGAAUCUCAAGAGCUUUGAAAGCAGAAUGAAUUUUUUUUUUUCGGUACGCAGGCCUCUCACUGUUGUGGCCUCUCCCAUUGUGGAGCACAGGCUCCAGACGUGCAGGCUCAGCGGCCAUGGCUCACGGACCUAGCCACUCUGCGGCAUGUGGGAUCUUCCCAGACCGGGGCACGAACCCGCAUCCCCUGCAUCGGCAGGUGGACUCUCAACCACUGCGCCACCAGGGAAGCCCCAGAAUGAAUUUUUUCCCUUCCUCAAAGGAGAGGUCACAGGGCACUUCAGCACUGUUGAGAGAUUAUCUUCCCCCAGGUCUACAGAGAGCCAUAUUCCCUGAUGGCCACAAUUUAUUGGCCUAGUGUCACUGGUUCUAAGACCAUUGGGUCCAGGGGAAACCAUAAUUGGUACAGAAACUGGUUUACUAGGGAGGGGAAGAGGCCGCAGCCUACUAGUGUGUCAAUGUAAAAAUGACUGUGGAGAAUCAGUUUGUACACAAAUCUCAGUACUUCCAGGUAUGUUUAUCUUGUAUAGCUGAAGUCAUCAGAGAAAAUAAAAAUAAUUGAAAGGUUUUGUGGAUUCCUUUAGCCUCUGUAAUAUUCACCUCAAGGCCAUUACUGCAUGGGCAGGAAGAAAGAGAAAAAAGGGGAUCUAGUCCACAGAUGUGGCUCUUGUGACCCAGACAGCAUUCCUGUUUGACUUCAGGUGGAAAUGUUCUUUAUUGCUCACCAUAUUUGCUGCCACUGAGGCAAGACUGCCGCCCCAACCCCCUGGGGCAUAAGGAUAGAAAUGAUGGAGUCAGUAUAAGGUUGCCAAACCUAUUUUCUGAAAGGACUGGGACAUAGAGAUCUUUAAAUCUUGAGCUAUGUUUUAAAGCUUUACUAAGGUAUAAUUUACAUGUGCUAAUACGAAUAUAUUUAAAGUGUACAAUUUGAUAAGUUUUGACAUAGGUGUGAACUUCUGAGACCAUCAUCAUAGUCCUAAUAGUGACCAUAUCUGUCAUGGUAUAUUUACCUCAUUCCUAUUAUAAUCUCCUUGCCUUUCUCACCUCUCCAAGUAACCAUUGAUUUACUUUCCUUACAGUAGAUACCUUGCAUUUUCUUGAAUUUAUAUUAUUGGAAUCAUUUGUUGUUUACUGUAUUUUUUUGUUUUCCUUUAUGUAUCAUAAUUACUUUGAGAUUCAUCAGUGGUAUAUAGUGCUUUUGGUUUUUGUUUUGUUUUUGGCUGAGUAAUAUUUUUCAAUAUGCGAUGGUUAGUUUAUCCAUUCUCUUUAUGGGCAUUUGGUUUGUUUCUAAAUUUUGACUUCUGAAAAUAAAGCUAGUAUAAAAAUUGUGUUCUUUAUAUGAAUAUAUGAAGAAUAUAUAUGUUUCUUUUAUCUUUUGUCAGUAACUUAGAAUAUAAUGUGUGAGUCACAACUGUUUUUUACUUUUUUUUUUUUUUUGGCUGUGCUGGGUUUUCGUUGUGGCAAGUGGGCUCUUCAUUGCGGCCUGUGAGGUUAGUAGCCCUGUGGCAUGUGGGAUUUCAAUUCCCUAACCAGGGAUCGAUUCCCUGUCCCCUACAUUGGAAGGCAGAUUCUUAACCACUGGAACACCAAGGAAGUCCCACAACUGUUUUACUUUUGAAGAAACUAACAUAUUGUGAUCUAAAAUGAUUGUACCUUUUGCAUCUUACCAGCAAUGUAUGAGAAUUCCAUUUCUUCCAUAUUCUACUGAAUACUUGGUUUAUCAUUUGUGUUAGUUUUAGCCUUUUAACUGAGUUUUUAGAGUUACCUCACUUUUGAGUUUCCAUAAGGAUUCAUGAUGAGCGUUUUUUCAGAUAUUCAUUUGCUGUGUAUCUUUGUUAAAAUAUUUGCUGAAAUCUUUUUCUUUAUUGACCCUUGGCUAUCUUCCUUUAACAAAUAGGACAAUGAACCAACAAAGAUGUAUGUUGGAAUUUCACUCAUUUUAAAAUACUUUUAAUAUUUUUAAAAAGUGAUUUUGCUUUAUGGAGUAACUUUACUGGCAGAAUUUUCUGACUUGAAAAAAAUCUGCAGUAUUCAUAAUGCAGUGGAUACUUAGAUAUACCAUUUUAAAUUUAAUCUACAUUUUUAACAUAUUCUCUAUAUUCUUAAGUUCAGUCACUGAAGAAUACAAUAAAGCCUUGCUUUAUAGUGCUUACACAUUUUCCUGGUUUAUAUCAUCGUGGAAGUUGGUGGGUUGGAGCAGAUGGGGACAAGAUAUCUAUCUAUCUAUCUAUCUAUCUAUCUAUCUAUCUAUCUAUCUAUCUACCUAUUGCUGUGUUGGGUCUUUGUUGCUGCUCACGGGCUUUCUCUAGUUGCAAGAGCGGGGACUACUCUUCAUUGUGGUGCACGGGUUUCUCACUGUGGUGGUUUCUCUUUGUUGUGGAGCACAGGCUCUAGGCUCAUGGACUUCAGUAGUUGUGGCUCACAGGCUCAGUAGUUGUGGCUUGUGGGCUCUAGAGUGCAGGCUCAGUGGUUGCGGCACACAGGCUUUGUUGCUCCGUGGCAUGUAGGAUCUUCCCAGACCAGGGCUUGAAACUGUGUCCCCUGCAUUGGCAGGUGGAUUCUUAAUCACUGCACCACCAGGGAAGUUCCAGGGACAAGAUUUCAUCAGGAUGGACUGGUCUUUCCUUUGAGUCCCAAAGCCUGGCUGGGGGGCGGGUGAUGAAGAGAUCAGUGGUCAGACUCCACAAGUCCUCAUCCAGGCUGCUGGGUUUAAUUCUGUAUCCCUGACCAGUGAAAGGACCCACAGGCAAACACUCCUCUCCAGGCCUGUUUCCUCCUAUGUAAGGUGGGGAUUAGGAUCUGACCUGCCUCUGGUCCACUGAAAGAUGUGAGGAGGGGAGCUGUCCAUUCCUAUGCAGCUCCCUUUGCAGGUGACAUUCUGGUGCCAGCCACCUUUAGCUCCCCCUGAUGUCCUCAGAUUCCUCUAACCCCAGACCCCUCUAUCCCCAGGGACAUGUCAGAAAUAAAUGAGGCAUCUCACAAUCCACGAUCUGGGUCAGCCCCCAUGGACUUACAGGCAUCGAGGUGGGGUCUGCUGGGUACUGAGGUCUCCGUGUGGAUACCCCAGUGGGAAAUAAUCUGGGCAACUUGCUGAAGCUCCUUGAGCCUCAGUUUGCUGACUUGGACAUAAAGGUGUUAACUUUGGCCCCUGAGAGGAUCAAUGAAUGUAACAAAACACUGAGCACUUAACACCUGAAUUCCAGGGUUUGUAUUUUGAGCUUGUAUGUGGCGUAUUUAUUUAAAAUUUUAAUAGAAAAUAUUUUCAUAAGUUUCCUUUUCACAAUUCUCUUAUUGUACUUAACUCUAAUUUAUUGGUAUUUUUAUUGUAUUAGUAACAUUCUCAUUUUGUUCCAUUUUAUAGAGUGCCAUGUAAGUUAAUAUAAAUGCCAUGUAAAUAUACUGUGAAAUUUUACUCAAUCCAUAUGUGUAUCAUUGUUAUAGCGUAUUUCUCCUGAAUCCGUUUACUCUGCGAGAUUGAGAGCACACUCAUCAAUUGAUGGAUUAUCACAGAAAUAGUUUGAUUCUUUUGCAAGUGUACUGAGAGAUCUCUUACUUCUGUUUGCCGUAACUGAUAAAUUAAUUCUCUUCAGAUCCUCUUUAAACAUAUUUCAUUUAUUAUGCUGAAAUGCAAAAUGACCAAUUCUAUUAGAGUAUGCUAUUUCACAUACCAGAUAGUCUUUUCACGUAAGUUUUUUUGUUCAUUAGUUUUUUGUCCUUCCCCUGAAACUCAAUGCAAGUUUUGUUUAUUUAAAAAUAGCUUAUUUAAUAUGAUAUAAACAACAGAUAACUACUUAGAAAACAUUCUUAUUUCAAUGAAUAUUCAUUUGAAUGUUCUGGAAAGGUUACAAGUUACUUUUUUAAAAAUCCAGUUCAGUGAAAUGUGGCUGAUAAAAGUAUGUGAUAAAGUAAUAAAUCUAUAAUUCUAUAAGUAUUCUACAGUCAGAAUGUUUUGGAAACAUUUAAAAUUAUCAGUCCACUUUAAUUCUGGCUGGUUAUGGGUAGAUUUUGAAAUCAAAACGAAAUUUUCACAAAUUAGAUUAUUGUAUAGUAAUUGGAUAGUUUUCACAAAAAUUGCCUGUUGCAAAAUGUUGCCCAAUGUUUUUAUGGUUUUAUAGAUACUGAAAAUAUUAUAGACAAUUUUUUUUACAUUAUACACGUUAUUUUUGUCAUUUAAAUUUUUAGUUGUUACUGUAUUUUGCCGCAGCAGUGAGAGCCCAGAAUCCUAACCACUAGGCCACCAGGGAACUCCCCACUUGAAUUUUUUUUUUUUUUUGUGGUCCACGGGCCUCUCACUGUUGUGGUCCCUCCUGCCGUGGAGCACAGGUUCCAGACACGCAGGCUCAGCGGCCAUGGCUCACGGGCCCAGCCACUCUGCAGCACGUGGGAUCUUCCUGGACUGGGGCACGAACCCGUGUCCCCCGCAUUGGCAGGUGGAUUCGCAACCACUGCGCCACAAGGGAAGCCCCCCACUUGAAUUUUUAUUUACAAAAAUCAAAAGUAUAUUUUGUGGCCUUAAAUUGGGGCUUAGCUUGUAAUGACUUGCAUACCUCAGUUUAUUAAAAAAGAAAAAUCUUUUUUUUACAUUUUUAAUUUUAAUUGAAGUAUAGUUGCUGUACAGUAUUAUAUAAGUUACAGGUGUACAAUAUAGUGAUUCAUAAUUUUUUUGUGUGUGUGUGGUACGUGGCCUCUCACUGCUGUGGCCUCUCCCGUUGCAGAGAACAGGCUCUGGACGCACAGGCCCAGUGGCCAUGGCUCACAGGCCCAGCCACUCCGUGGCAUGUGGGAUCUUCCCGGACCAGGGCACGAACCCAUGUCCCCUGCAUUGGCAGGCAGACUCUCAACCACUGCGCCAACAGGGAAGCCCCUGAUUCAUAAUUUUUAAAGGUUAUACUCCAUUUAUAGUUAUAAAAUAUUGGCUAUAUUCCCCGUGUUGUUCAAUAUAUCCUCAUAGUUUAUUUUAUACUUAAUAGUUUGUACCUCUUACUCCUCUACCCCUCUAUAGCCCAUUCCCCCUUCUGUCUCCCCUCUGGUAACCAUUAGUUCUCUGUAUUUGUGAGCCUGUUUCUUUUUUGUUAUAUUCACUAGUUUGUUGUAUUUUUUAUAUUCCACAUAUAAGUGAUAUCAUACAGUAUUUGUCUUUCUCUGUCUAACUUACUUCACUUUGUAUGAUAAUCUCUAGGUCCAUCCAUGUUGCUGCAAAUAUCAAAUUUCCUUCUUUAUGGCUAAGUAGUAUCCCAUCAUACAUUGCGUUGGCCAAAAAGUUCGUUCGGGGUUUUCUGUAAGAUGCUAUGGAAAAACCCGAAUGAACUUUUUGGCCAACACAAUAUAUACCACAUCUUUUUAAACCAUUCAUCUAUUGAUGGGCAUUUAGGUUGCUUCCAUAUCUUGGCCAUUGUAAAUUAUGCUGCUGUGAACAUUGGGGUGCAUGUAUCUUUUUGAAUUAGUGUUUUUGGUAUUUUUGGAUAUAUACCCCAGAGUGCAAUUGCUGUGUCAUGUGGUAAUUCUGUUUUUAGUUUUUUAAACCUCCAUACUGUUUUCCACAAUGGCUGCAUGGAUUUACAUUGCCACCAGCAGUAUGAGGGUUCCCCUUUUUUCCACACCUUCUCCAGCAUUUAUUAUUUAAAGACUUUUUGGGUUUUUCUUUUGCCUUGCUGUGCGGCUUGUGGGAUCUCAGUUUCCCGACCAGGGAUUGAACCCGGGCCACAGCAGUGAAGCCCAGAAUCCUAACCACUAGACCACCAGGGAACUCCCUAUUUGUAGACUUUUUGAUGAUAGCCAUUCUGACCUGUCAGCCUUUCUCUGUACACUUAACCCUCAUUUGAAACCCAGCCAGCCCCAGUGGCCCUUCACUUCAGGUCCAGUUGCUCUAUCAGAGAGCCACUGUGCCCAUGAACUAAUCUGCCAGCCUGGCUGAAGCACCCCAGGCACCACCAAGGCUCACAACAAAAUCCUAGUGAUUCUGUAGAGCAGUGAAUAAACAGGUGGCUUCAAUGUCAUCUUGCCUCAGUUACAAGUGUCUCCACACCCAUCUCAUGUCCGCACAUUCCUCAGCAGCCUUGGCCACCUGACAAAUUAUCCUCUCUCCCACACCAGUGCUUAUGAUGCCCCCCCACCUUCACCCAGGUACCCAAGCUCUCUAUGCACUUGUGGCACCCACCCUCCUCUUUCUGAUUUGCUAUUGGCAUUACCAUCAUGUUCAGGAUUCCUCCUACUACUAUUAACAAAAGCUCCUCCUGGUCCACAAACCGUCCACCACGUUUUGUAGAUGUGUCCAUCCAGAAGCCCUUCCCAUAGUUCCAGGCCUGUGUGUCCAGCUGCCUGCUAAAUAACUCCACUCUUUUGUUCUAUGAAAUAUCUCAUACCGUCAACUUGGCCAAAAAGAAAACUGCUGAUAUCCCUAAUGAGAAUUAUUUCCAUUAUGGAACACCCAACACAGCUGAUGGAGCUUCCAUCCUUCCACCUCCCAACACGAAAAAUCUUGGUGUCAUACCUGACUCCUACCUUACUUUCUCUCAACAUCACAAUCCGAAAAACCAUGCUGUCCCGUUUUAGAAAUUUAUUUAUUUAUUUUUGGCUGCAUUUGGAUUUUUGUUUCUGCACGCAGUCUUUCUCUAGUUGCAGAGGGCAGCUACUCUUUGUUGCGGUGCUCAGGCUUCUCAUUGCGGUGGCUUCUCUUGUUGUGGAGCAUGGGCUCUAGGUGUGUGACCUUCAGUAGUUGUGGCACUUGGGUUCAAUAGUUGUAGCUCGCGGGCUCUAGGUCACAGGCUCAGUAGUUGUGGUGCAUGGGCUUAGUUGUUCCACGGCAUGUGGGAUCUUCCCGGACCAGGGCUCGAACCCGUGUCCCCUGCAUUGGUAGGUGGAUUCUUAACCACCACACCACGAGGGGAGUCUGGCUGUCCUGUUUUAAAAAACUGAUUCAAAAAUUCAUUAACUUCUCCCACCUCCACAACCAUGACAAUGGCCCACACCGACAGCACUCACCCCAAUGUCUUGGAGGUGAAACCAACUGGAACCUUGGAUGUGGGAUUUCCACCAGGCAGACUUCUGGGGGCAGUACCCAUCCAGCACAGUUGCAGGGAUAGGACCACUACUCCAGUGGGUCUGGAAGGCGCAGCAUUGAGCCAAAGAUUAUUUAUGAGCCAUAAGAUCUCAUGAUGUUUGCUUUGCUAGGUUUGGGGCUUGUUUAGGACCCCUCACAACUUUAUUUCCCAUUCCCCCCAUUUGUAAUGGAAAUUUCUAUCCUAUGCCUGUCCCACUAUUACAUUUUGGAAGCAUGGAACUUUUGGUUUCACAGCUGGAGAGCAGUUUUGCCUCAGGGUUGAUUGUACUUUGAGUCUCAUUCAUAUCUGACUUAGAUGAUAUGUAGAUGAGUCUUUGAACUUUCUAAUAUCACACUAAAACUUACUAUAAAGUUACACACUUUUUCUUUCAUGUUUCCUUUCUGUGUUCAUUGAAGAGUUUAAGCUGCAUGAAAAUAGAGGUUUUCGUCUGUCAUGGUUCUCAUGCACCUGAAACAGUGCCUGACACUGAGUAUUUUGUUCAAUGAAAAUUUAUGAGAACCGUGAAUAAACAUGACACCUGAUAUUCUUGUUAA